AUGACACUCUCCAUGCUUUGCCGGGCUGCGAGGCCUACGGUACUCAGCCAAACACCGGCAGCUGCAGCAGUAGCAGUCAAUCUCUGCAUCAGACAGGCUCAUUCUCUUUCAGCAAUACACGCGGGCAUCCGAAGAUCGAGCAAAAACGAAUCCAGCAUGACAUACGCCGAGAGGAAGGCAGCAAGAGAGGCACUACCCAAACCGACCUACAAGAUCCGGAAGGGCAAGAAGGACAUUACUGAAUACCCCGCCAAGGCCGAUCCCCAAACACGACGGGCUCGUUUCUACGAUCCCGAAUCCAACUUUGGCAAGAAAAGCUUGGUGUACAGACUCAAGACCGGUCAGCUGGACGAGGACGUCAAGGAUGCGCUGGUGCGUGAAACAGGAAAGACUCCCUGGAAGGAGAAGGAGGCCAUGUCAGCUGGAAAGAAGUCGGCUUCAACCCCUGCAUCCAAAUUUAACAAGGACCUCUUGGACCCAGCAGACUUUCAUGCCGCCUUCACGGGAGCUUCAUCAUCGGAGCCCGCCAAGUCUGAUAGGCCUGAGAGGCGGACAUCAGCGCCAUCCAGGGAUAUCCGCAGGGAACCCCGUCAGAGCUCUUUCAGGGAACCCCGCCGGGAUUCUUUCAGAGAGUCGCGAAAUGGACCUCGCAGAGAGGGCUUCAGCAGAGAACCCCGUGCAUUCCGUGAUGAUGAUAAUGGUUUCAGCAGGAAACCUCGGGAGGAGCGCACCGUGGAACUCAACGAGGAGCUCCGCGACGCUAUUGAUGAACCUUACCCAGAGCCCAUGGAACCUAGGAGGGACAGCUUCAGGGUCUCCCGCAGCGAACGUCGGGAACAAAGGCCUGAAAGGAGAGACUCCUUCAGGGACAUUCGCAGUAGCACACGAGAACGGAGAGAGACCGACAGAACCCCUCGCAGGGAACUGCACAGGGAUCCCGACACGGAAACACCAAAAUCCCUAUCCAUUCCCUACACCACCGCGGCCUCUCAGUUCUUGUACGGCACUUCAGUGCGGAACAAGGUUGAGACUGUGUUCGUCAACGAAGAAGGCCUCAAGAUGAUGGACAAGAUGAGCGGAUCCCGCCCACACAACGGUUACAUUCUGGAGGCGUCCCCGCUUCCACAACCACCCGUCAUCUCCCUGGGAGAGGUGGUCGAUGCCGAGAGCGGCCAGGGAACAACCGGAUACAAGGUUGUUCUGGGCCACCAGUCGCACGAGGAGGCCUUGAUCAACGGCAAAUCCGAUUUCGUCGCUGCGUCCAGCGCCACUCACAAGCCACUGGUUGUGGUGGUGGAUCAAAUCUUGGAUCCCGGCAACCUUGGUGCCAUUCUCCGCAGCGUCAGCUUCCUGGGCGCAACCGCCGUUGCCAUUACCAAGAGGGACUCGGCAUCUCUGACCCCGGUCGCGCUCAAGGCUUCUGCGGGCGCAUCCGAGUCGCUCACCCUCUUCUCAAUUGAUCACCUCCCCAAGUUCCUUCAGGACUCGAGGGAGAAUGGCUGGCUGGUCUAUGCGGCCGUCCCGCGCACCAGCGGCUCCGGUAACCUGCAGAAGCACCUGGAUCUCCAUGAGAUUGAGGAGAUUGAUCCUUUGGGCAAGAACCCCUGCAUUCUCCUCCUCGGUAGCGAGGGCGAGGGUCUCCCGGGACAGAUCAAGAGCAAAGCAGACUAUGAGGUCAAUAUUCCCAACAUGUCGGGCGGUACAGUGAUCGAUAGCUUGAACGUUAGCGUUGCGGCGGGCUUGCUCACAUCGGCCUUCAUGAAGGGACAAGUGAAGUCGGAGUUUGAGCAGUUCAAGGUUCAGGAGGAGAAGUCACAUCUUUGGUGA